AUGGGAGGUAGUGGCAAAACCACGUUGGCGAAAGAGUUGUUCAAUAGGAAAUGCCUGUCGUUUGAAAAGAGUAGUUUAAUUCUUGAUGUCCGAGAAGCAGCCCAAAAUGAUUUGCACAAGAAGCAAAAAAAACUUCCCCAGGACCUCGGUAUCUCUAAUUUGUCAUUCGACAAUAUAGAAGAUGGGAAAUUUUUUUUAUCAAAUUGUUUGAAAAAUGUUCGUGCUCUCAUUGUUUUAGAUGAUGUAGAUCACACAGACCAGCUUGAUGCCCUACUUCCAAAUCUCAACAACCUUGGAUCUGAUAAUCUUGAGAUUGUCACAACUAGGGACUUGGGUGUCCUUGCGUCAUGGGAUAUCUAUUCAAUAUAUAAAAUGCCUGGAUUGAAUGACUCGCAAGCAAAUCAGCUUUUCUGGAAGAGAGAGAUGUUUUUGGAUGCAACUUGUUUUCUCAUUGGAGAAGAGACGAGUGUGCCGGUUGCAGUGUGGGAUGGAUCCGGUUGGAGUGGCGUGCACGGUUUAGAAAGACCUGUGGAAAAAUGUCUUGUGGAGGUGCACAAAGAGAACGCAACCUUCUUCGACGACAAGCACAGAGAGACAAUAAGGAUGCACGAUCAUCUUCGUGAUAUCGGGAGAGAGAUUGCAAGUACCCACUCGCCAUGUCGUUAUUGGUCUCGGCACCAGAUUCAGAUAAAUUCUCAGGCAACAGCGCCGAUAAGGGGAAUAAAUUCCGGAACUUUGAAUUUGCAAUAUUGUUUGGAGAAGUUGGUUGGCUCAAAGAUUCUUCUUGUUAGUGAAAUUGAACUUACAGAAGAAAUUGUUUCACUAUCAGAAGACCUUGUGUGGCUUCGUUGGGAUAGAUUUCGCCACAGGAAUCUUCCUUCAGGGGUUCAAUUCACAAAUUUAGUUGUAUUGCAGGUUUACUCGGCAAACUUGGAAGAGCUUUGGAGAGACAAUGUGAACCCACCUUUGAAGUUGAUGGAGUUGAAUAUUUCUUCAAAGAGUGCGUUGCAAAAGCUUCCCCCUUCAAUAGGGCGACUUAAGCAAUUGAAAAGAAUUAUACUUCACAAUAUGACGUCUCAUGGCUUUCCCUGUAUCAACCUGCCAGAAGAGUUUUGUGAUCUACAAGCACUGGAGUACAUGGUGAUAAGUUCUUCUAAUCUCCAAUCACUACCAGAUCGUUUUGGAGAGUUAAAAAAUCUGCGUCAUAUAGAUUUGAGAUUUUGCGCAGAGCUGAAGAUACUGCCAAUUUCUUUUAAGAAUCUGAUUCAUUUGGAAUUUCUGGAUUUAUAUGAUUGCAAUAAGCUCAAGCUAAGGUCAGACAUGCUGGAAAACAUUAAAAAGCUGGAAAUUUUAGACCUCGGUUGUUGCAAGAAAGUAGAAGAGUUGCCUUCUAAAAUUACAAGUCAGGUGUCUUUGAAAAGACUGACUGCACAUAGAACCAGCCUAAGGUAUUUGCCAGAUGAUAUUGGUCUACUCCCCAAGUUGAAAAGCCUAACAAUUGGUAGCGAUAUGUUGACAAAUAUACCACUUUCUGUUGGAAACUUGUCCUCCUUGACGGAUCUUUCAAUUGGUGGCAACCGGUUGAGCAGCUUGCCAUCUUCUCUUUCAAAGUUGUCCUGCUUGACCAAUCUUGGGAUUACUUGCCCGCAGUUGACCAGCUUGCCAUCUUCAAACUUGUCCUGCUUGAGCAUUCUUUCAGUUCAAAGCCGGAUGUUGACCAUAUUGCCUUUCACAGCAGGGGAUUUUGCACUUCACAAACUGGAAAAUAUAGAGUUAUCUAGCACAGGUUUGUUGGAAAUAUCCAUAUCUGAAGACUGUUGUCCCAACCUUAAGAGACUGAGUAUCAUGGAGAAUGACCAAUUGGAGGAGAUCAGAACAUUGCCGAGAUCAAUUAACGACCUAUUGUUGUCAGGCUGUAACGUCCUGAAGAACAUUAGAUGUAUUGGAGAUGUGGUAAACCUUGGUAAACUGCAUAUAUCUCACUGUGGGAAGUUAGAUGAGCUCCCAACAUUUGCAUGUCUGACUCUGCUCAAAGAAUUUGAAAUAUACCGUUGCCCUUAUGUUUCCAGUAUAGAAGGUAUCCAACAUUGCAGAUCACUGCAGAAGUUAGAAGCUAGAACCAGUUGGGAGUUGCCAGGAAUAGAGAGUUUGGAGAAUGUGGAUAGAUUGAAUGAAUUGAGUGUCAGUUGUCUCAGAAUGUCAGCCAUAAAGCCUUGUGUUCAGUCUCUCAAGAUCGUUCUGCAACAAAUACUAUUUGCAGGAACUUCCCCGCCAGAUGAAGAUAGAAGGGUGUUUGGUUCUGUACAACCAGUUUUAAACACCGAGUUUCCUUAUCUUAGUGUACGGAGAUUCGAGGAGGUGUUUGAUUGCAGCGAGCUUCAGAAUUUCUUGUGUUAUUUGAUAGAAGACAAGGAAGAGGAGGACGAAGAGGAAAAUUAUUCUGCGGUGGACGAGGACGACAUGUAUUAUUCUGAGGACGAGGAGGAUAAUUAUUCUAUGAAGGAUGAAGAGGAAAAUUAUUCUCAGGAGAACGAGAAGGAUAAUUAUUCUACGAAGGAUGAAGAGGAAAAUUAUUCUCAGGAGAACGAGGACAAUUAUUCUGAGGACGAUGAAGAGGAAUAUUAUUGUGAGGAGGGGGCAUUCGUACAUAUGGCAGUGUUCAGACAAGCUCCAGAGUAUGUGGUUGCUCGGUAUGUCAAAUGGAUAUCUAGCAAUCAUCGAAGCAAAGCAAUGGUAUUGGCAGGAGAAGAAGCAAAAGUUGGUGAGGCCUUCUACAAAAUAUUGUCACUCCUGGAAUAG